UCCCAAAAUUGCAAUUUCGAAGAACCCUAACCCUAGGUCAACUUUCUAAUGAAAUUCGCUAUACAAAGUUAUAGGGUUUCAGGCUCAGACCCAAGAGGCCUUUGAUAAAUCGGUCGAUUCUGUAACCCUAGGACAUUCUCUUUCUUCUCUUCCAAUUUCUCCAUGGAGGGCUCUGCGGAGGAUCUGGGAGCCCCGGAGUCAUGGGAGGUCGCCGAUUUGGACGAGUCCAUGAAGCGCUUGAACCUGAUGCUCUCCUCCAACAAAGAUUCUAAGCAUCGCAAGCAUGCUGAUGAUGCUCCGCCACCACCUCCUUCUUCUUCGUCCAGUGGCGACAACGUCUCCGAUGACGUCAUCAAUCAGGUGGAUCAGUUCCUUCGCGAAGCUAUUCAGAACCCUCGCGAACGCCUUUCCGUUUUGCGGAUAGAGCAAGAUAUUGAGAAGUUCAUUCGAGAUCCUAAUCAACAGCAGCUUGAAUUUCAGCAGCUGCCAACUUCCUAUUUACGGUUGGCUGCACACCGGGUGGCUCAACAUUACUCAUUGCAGUCGAUGGUUUUACUGGAUAAUAGUUUACCAGAUGGUUCUGGGUCAAAAAUUAUUGUCCGUAAAACUUCUGAUUGUAAGCUUCCAGUUAUUCGCCUUGCAGACAUCCCUGUAAAAUUAUCAUCAGAAGACAAUGCUGUUAUGAAGGUUGCAAUUAAACAGAGGCCGCAAAUGCAGACACAAAUUCUUAGCAAUGCAAGUUCAAACUCAGUGAAGAAUAGCAACUCUAAAAGUGUGGAAGAGAGAAAAGAUGAGUAUAAUAGAGCUCGUGCUAGGAUCUUUAGUUCGAGCAAUAAUGCUGGUACUGCGGGUGGGAAUCUGGUAUGUGAGUCAAGGAAGCAGGAUAACUCUUUACUUGGUUCCUUGGGGGUUUUUAAUGUGGAAGAUAAAUCUGCUUCUGUAUCUGAUGUCAGUUCUGGUAGAGGGCUGGUUGAGUCUUCAACAAAUAACGGUAGGGCUAGAAGUAGGACAGAGAAGGAGCCAGUUGGUAGGUACAGGCAAAAUAGUAGGGUAGCUAUAUUCCGAGACCGUGAAGUUGAGCGCAGGGAUCCGGAUUAUGACAGGAGUUAUGAAAGGUAUAUGCAAAGAUUUGAUCCCGGGUUUGGGUUCAGUGGAGGAUCAUACACCAUGCAGCCAAUGUAUGCGUCAGUGUUGAAUUACAACACUGAGUUUCCACAGCUUGGAUCCACUCAUGGACCCCAGCCCCAGCUUUCUGCUGAACACCAACUGCGACCUCUUCCACAACAUAUACCUGUUCCAUGGGCUCCACCAUCAACACCUGCCGGAAUGGGAUAUGGACAUCCAGAGACUAUGAUGUCCCCAUUUAAUCCUAGUCAAGUUGGUGCACACUCCUCAUCGACUAUGUAUUUGCAUUCGUCUCAGUAUUCUUGUCAGCACCCUGGAAUGCCUUUCAUCCCUCAUGAACAUGUUCAUCAACCCUUUGUGCAGUCUCAUCAACCACCACCUGAUGCAAGUUUAGGAUUGGCCCGGCCCCGGUGAGGGGCAUGGGCCAUGCCUGCACCUGAUCAGCCAGAGCUUUAUGAUGUGAGAUGAUGGGCUGAUACAGCUCCAAAUUUCUUUUAGCUGAUUGGGAUGCAGGCAUAUAGGCUGAGUUGGGCUGGAUGGAUUUGUAUAUUUCAGAAAGACCAACAUUGAUCCAUUCCUCCAUUCUCGGUCUUGCAAGGAUGCUUCUUGCAUCUUCCAUGACAGUGUCCCUUGUGGACAUUGCCUUUUCUGUUAGAAGCCUUUCGAGCACACAUUGCUAUUGGUGAUGACAAAGAGUGAAUUGUGGACUUAUCCCGAGCUGAAUAAGUUUGUGCUUGACUUGGAUGAAGCUCCCUAAAGAGCUUAAGGGGUUGCAGUAAGAGAUAUUGGCACGUAGUUUGCGUUCAGAUUGCAGGAAUUUUUGAUGCCGAGAUUCAACUGGAAUUUCCCAAGCUCUAGUCACAUCUUGUUAUGCUUUACUGUAUGGUCUGAUGAAUUAUACUAAAUUUCGUGUAUAAUAAAUUACCUUUUGUGGAUAUGUGAUUGUAUAUGUAACUGAAGCUUUUUUUC